ACAAAAGCGUGAAGGUAUUUUGCACGGUAGAGUCCGAGUUGACAAAUUAAGUUAAAAAGAGUGUGCGCGCGCAGUCCCUGUCGGAAAAACGAAAAAUGAUAAUAAGAUGGCGAUUUAAGAGAGAGUCACGAGAAGGUUGAUUAUUAUAAUUUGGAAAAUAAAGAAAAAAUCAAAAUCUGGUGUUUCAAUAUCUUACCGGCCAGACAACUCAAGGAAAGAAAUUAAGGAAACAACCCUUUUCACAACAUAAAAUUUGGUGCAUCGGCCGGGAAAUUCAGAGGCUCGUGUAGGAUAUCAGAGAUAUCGCACAUGGCGUCGCUUUGAAGAAGCAAGAAUUCACAUCUGGGCGGCGUUCGCAGAGAACAAUAAUUCAUUCGACAUUCAUAAACAAUAAAGGAGGAAGAAACACAAAUAUAUUUGGAACAACGGCUAAAGCAUCCAAAUUGAGGUUUGGGAAUAUAUACAUCACAAAUAGACGAGAGAACACGCAUUACGGAAAAUUGGAAUCAAGGAAUCAAGGCACAGAGUCUUAUUCUUCAGGUGAAUAAUCGAAUUGGAAGGCGAAUUUCACGGAUCCAGGUUAGAGGUUCUUUUAAUUGGAAUUUAAAGUUUUGUGUUCAUUUAUUACAUUGAAUUUUGGUUUUAUUCAACACUAUUAGACUUCUAUUCAAUAUUCAAUAUGACUGAUAAAUUGGAUGAAAUUGUUGAAAGAUUGAAAAGAAAACGUGCAUCAUCCAAAGGUACGAUCACAAGAAUUGAGAAUUUUGUUUCCUCAAAUAAGGAUAAAUGUAAUGUAGAUGUAAAUGUAACUCGUGAAACUCUCUUAAUUCAGGCUUAUGAAAAAUAUAGUACUAUUCAGGAAGAACUUGAAACAUUUGAUGAAAACGAGGAAAGUGAUAGGAUACAAGUAGAACAAAAAUUUUUGACUAUUCUAUCAGAGGUUAAGAGAAUUCUUUCUAAAUUUCAAAGACAGGAACUAUCAUUCAGUGAAAGUAAGGUUGAUAAUCUCAAAAUUAAGUUACCAAAUAUUAAUAUUCCUAUUUUUGAUGGAAAAGUUACUGAAUGGAAUUCCUUUAAAGACUUAUUCAAGGCAUUGGUAGACGAUAAUAUAGAGUUGUGUGACGUGCAAAAGUUCUCUUAUUUAAGAUCUAGUUUAAUGCAUGAGCCUUUAAGUAUAAUAAAGGACUUGCAACUGACGAAUGAUAAUUACAGGGUGGCUCUUGAUAUUUCACACAAAAGAUAUGAUGAUCAAUUAACUAUUAUCAAUAUGCAUUUAUCGGGUCUAAUAGAUGUCCAACAGGUAACGAAAUGUGAUUUUAGGCAAUUACGAGAAUUUAUUACUAAUAUCAAGCAAAAUUUCAAUUCUCUUCAAGCAUUGAAAUUACCAGUGGACCAAUGGGACAUUAUUCUGGUUUAUGUUCUUAUUCGCAAAUUAGACAAUCACACAAGAACUGCAUAUGAGCUCGAACGGGAAAGUUCAUCACUUCCUACGUUCGAUGGUUUUAUGGGCUUUUUAGAGAAAAGAUGUCGCGCAUUAGAAAAUGUUAUAUCUCAGGAUUCACCUCGGGAUUUACGUAGCAAGCAAAGGGUGGCAAAUGUAGUUACUUCUGAAACCAAGGUUGAAUCUUAUAAAAAGGGCUGUAAUCAGACUUGCAGUUACUGUUCUGGGUCGAAUCAUACACUUUAUAGUUGCCGAAGGUUCAAAUUUGAUACUCUUGAAAACAGAAGGGAGUUUGUCAGGAAACAAAAACUUUGUUAUAACUGUUUGGGAUUUAAACACAGGGUUGCAAAUUGUCAAUCUAGCGGUUGUAGAAUUUGUAAUAGGAAACAUCAUUCACUUCUCUGUCCAACUGGGAUGGGCAAAUCAGAGGGGGUUGAUAAACCAUCUCAUUUCGAUUCGGCUGCUGGUGAGUUUUCGUCUCAUCAUGUCGGAGUUGACCGGUUCCGGGGUUGUCCUCAAGUGUUGUUGGGGACAACUAUCGUGAAGGUGGCUGUGGGGGGGGGACGACCUCACCGCUAGAGUUCUUUUAGAUACGGGAAGUCAAAUGUCGUUCAUUAGAGGGGAAUUUGCAAACAAAUUAGGCGCUAAAAGAAGGUAUGAAAUCUAUAACAUCAGUGGUAUAUCGGAUUCCGUUACUAAAACGUCCGAAAUUGUUGAUUUAGAAUUCAGGGGCAU